GAGUUUACGUAUGACGUCAGACGCGCAGACAGCGAGUUUUUUUUCUCUCUCCGGCUCUCUGGUCUUGUGUGUUGGGGGGAUGGGGCCGUGUCGAGGAUGAGAAAGCUCUCGUGGUGCAAUUUACUACUUGACUAAGAAACUGUGUGGGUUACCGGAUUUGGUAACUUUAACUUUUUUUUUUACGUUUCUAUCUUUCUACCACGUAUGUGUUUCGGAGACGUGGGACAGGAAUAGAGUGGAUCAUCCAUACGUCCACGCCGUGCGCUUAACUCGACAAAAUGUAUUCCUCUCCUGGAGGAGGGUUUUCAGACGAACAUGCUUCUUCUGUUUUACCUACAGAGAUGGAGGGACCCCAUUCCUCUGGGUCAAUUGGCUCUGAUCCCCCAUCUCCCCCCAUUCCAGAGUAUGUAUUCAAGCCCCCGUCGCGGCCAGACUUUGGUACCAUGGGCAGGACAAUCAAGCUCCAGGCCAACUUCUUUGAGAUGGAAAUCCCUAAACUGGAGGUGUACCAUUACGACAUUGACAUCAAGCCCGAGAAGUGCCCCAGGAGGGUGAACCGUGAUAUUGUAGAGCACAUGGUCCAGCACUUUAAAACCCAGAUAUUUGGGGACCGAAAGCCGGUGUACGAUGGCAGAAAGAACCUCUAUACCGCCAUGCCCCUGCCCAUCGGUAGAGAAAAAGUGGAGCUCGAGGUGACCAUUCCUGGCGAGGGGAAGGACCGCAGCUUCAAAGUGGCCAUCAAAUGGGUCUCCAUCGUGAGUCUGCAAGCUCUCCACGAGGCGCUGACAGGACGGCUGCCCAACAUCCCCUUCGAGACCAUCCAGGCCCUGGAUGUGGUCAUGAGACACCUGCCCUCCAUGAGGUACACUCCUGUGGGCCGCUCCUUCUUCACCCCCUCAGAAGGCUGCUCCAACCCCCUCGGUGGUGGCAGAGAGGUGUGGUUCGGCUUCCACCAGUCCGUCAGGCCGUCUCUCUGGAAGAUGAUGCUUAAUAUCGAUGUCUCUGCCACGGCAUUCUACAAAGCCCAGCCUGUAAUAGAGUUCAUGUGCGAAGUGUUGGACUUCAAGAGCAUCGAAGAGCAACAGAAGCCACUCACAGAUUCCCAGAGGGUGAAAUUCACCAAGGAAAUCAAAGGUCUGAAGGUGGAGAUCACUCACUGUGGGCAGAUGAAGAGGAAGUACAGAGUGUGCAACGUGACCAGAAGACCAGCCAGCCACCAGACGUUCCCCCUGCAGCAGGAGAACGGCCAAACCAUCGAGUGCACCGUAGCGCAGUACUUCAAAGACAAAUACAAGCUCAUCCUGAGGUACCCCCACCUGCCCUGCCUCCAGGUGGGACAGGAACAGAAGCACACCUACCUUCCUCUAGAGGUGUGUAACAUAGUGGCAGGGCAGCGCUGCAUCAAGAAGCUGACAGACAAUCAGACCUCCACUAUGAUCCGCGCCACCGCCCGGUCGGCGCCGGACCGGCAGGACGAGAUCAGCAAGCUGAUGAGGAGUGCCAACUUCAACGCGGACCCGUACGUGCGGGAGUUCGGGGUGAUGGUGAGGGACGAGAUGACGGAGGUGAACGGCCGCGUCCUCCAGGCGCCCUCCAUUCUGUAUGGAGGCAGGGUAAGUGACUCCAAGAACAAAGCAAUAGCGACACCAAUCCAGGGAGUCUGGGACAUGAGGAACAAGCAGUUCCACACAGGCAUAGAGAUCAAAGUGUGGGCCAUCGCCUGCUUUGCCCCCCAGAGGCAGUGCACUGAACUCCUGCUGAAAGCCUUUACCGACCAGCUGAGGAAGAUCUCUCGAGACGCGGGCAUGCCCAUCCAAGGCCAGCCCUGCUUCUGCAAGUACGCCCAGGGAGCGGACAGCGUGGAGCCCAUGUUCAAGCACCUCAAAUACACCUACCAGGGCCUGCAGCUGGUGGUCGUCAUCCUCCCCGGGAAGACCCCUGUUUACGCCGAGGUGAAGCGCGUGGGGGACACGGUGCUGGGCAUGGCCACUCAGUGUGUCCAGGUGAAGAACGUGCAGAAGACCACCCCCCAGACCCUCUCCAACCUCUGCCUGAAGAUCAACGUCAAGCUGGGCGGGGUCAACAACAUCCUGCUGCCCCAGGGCCGGCCUCUGGUGUUCCAGCAGCCAGUCAUCUUCCUCGGCGCUGACGUCACCCACCCCCCCGCUGGGGACGGGAAGAAGCCCUCCAUCGCUGCAGUGGUGGGCAGCAUGGACGCCCACCCGAGUCGCUACUGCGCCACGGUGCGCGUCCAGCAGCACCGGCAGGACAUCAUCCAGGACCUGGCCACCAUGGUGCGCGAGCUGCUCAUCCAGUUCUACAAGUCCACGCGCUUCAAGCCCACGCGCAUCAUCUACUACCGCGACGGCAUCUCCGAGGGCCAGUUCAACCAGGUGGCUGUCCUGCAGCACGAGCUGCUGGCCAUCCGCGAGGCCUGCAUCAAGCUGGAGAAGGACUACCAGCCCGGCAUCACCUUCGUGGUGGUCCAGAAGAGGCACCACACCAGGCUCUUCUGCACGGACCGGAACGAGCGGGUCGGAAAGAGCGGCAACAUCCCUGCGGGCACCACAGUGGACACCAAAAUCACCCACCCCUCAGAGUUUGACUUCUACCUGUGCAGUCACGCCGGCAUACAGGGCACCAGCAGGCCCUCCCACUACCACGUGCUGUGGGACGACAACCAUUUCACCUCGGACGAGCUACAGGUGCUCACCUACCAGCUGUGCCACACCUACGUGCGCUGCACCCGUUCGGUCUCCAUCCCGGCACCGGCCUACUACGCCCACCUGGUGGCCUUCCGUGCACGCUACCACCUGGUGGACAAGGAGCACGACAGUGCUGAGGGCAGCCACACGUCGGGCCAGAGCAACGGCCGGGACCAGCAGGCCCUGGCCAAGGCGGUGCAGAUCCACCAGGACACCCUGCGCACCAUGUACUUUGCCUGAAGGCCCGUCCGGCGCUGCACAUGGGUGAGGUCAUCGCUUCCGGUCCCGCCGUCGGCGGGGGGGGGCGUCCGCACAGGGGAGCUCCGCGGUAGCCCUCCGAUCCUUGAGGGAUGUCGCUUGUCUCCAACAUUACUUUUUAUUUUUUAUUUAUGCUUCACGUACGCGACCUCCUCCUUCCUUCUUUCUCUUCCUCAUGCUCUCUCUCUCCAUCUUUUAAACACAAACAACAAAAUCGCCACUAUGAGACUGGGCUAAUGAGGUCUUCUGCAUUACCAAUGUGGAGGUCGCCCCUGUUUACUAACCAGGCAAGCGUUCAGUGUGUAUUUGUACAUUUUUGGCGGCGUGAGUUGACCCCGUCUAACGCAAAAGGCAGAUAUAGCUCUACGCCGUUAGAAGAAGAAACUACAGACGACUCGUCGUCCCUUCGAGUGGUCCGAAGACCAACGCCACGCCUUUUUAUUCCUUUUUUCUCUCUCCUUUGUUUGGUUUUCCACCCACUUUUCCAUACUUUAUUCUAAUCAAUGUGGGACUUGGUGUCUCAAAAGAUGGAUCAAUCCUAAACAUUCUCUGUUAUAUAUUAUUAUUAUUAUUUAUCAAUCAAUCAAAGCAUCAUGCACUGACCAAAACGGAGACUUAAAUCGGGACAGAAGCUCUUAACACAUUGUGACUUGCAUUGCAUCUUUUAAAUCUUAUUUUCUUCUCCACACGGGGGCACGGUGUAUAGAGAAGUGUCCUUUCUUAGACUGCCAUAUUUAAUACCGUUAUGAGUUACAUUCACAAUCAUCGGGGGAACGUCACCGUCUUCAACACUGGCGAACUAAACGCAUCUUUGAAAAUCCUAAUCUGGUGCAAACCUAAAGAAUUGUAUAAAGCCCCAUUACACUAACCUGCUUUAUCUCCAAAGAGGGCUUUAAAUAUCGCCACAAGGAAAGCGAAUGGAUUAUUUUCCCAUCAUCCUGUUUUUUCUGUUUUUUAACGGGAAUACGUCGGAGUCCAUGAUAUUAAUCUGAUUCACAAAUGCUGCCAAGUAUAUCGACAUUUGGGACUGGCUCCCAGCAUGGACUCUUGACUUUUUAAUGGGUUCUGAGCCCGGAUGAUGUGAGAUGACACGAUGAAGACAUCAAUGUUGAGGUGGGGAGUAAAAAAAUAAUAAAUAUGAAAUCUUGAGUGAACAACCCCACCUCUACCCAACCACCCCAUCCUCUGUUCAGAACUCUGUGUUUUUUCGUUUUAAUAUUUACGUGCGUGUAGAUAACUCACAUUUUGUAGCUGUUUUUUGUUUUGUUAUUUAGUUGUCGUCGUAUACUUUUUGUUUCUUUGUUUCCCCUGUCAUGACGUUUGAAGCACAGGGUCGAUAUUUUUGUCAUGUAGGGGGGAAUACGGAACAAGACCUGCAGGAUUUGUUUUAAUGCUGGGUCUUUAAGAGAAAGGGAUGGGUAUGUGUUCGGGGCAAAGAUUUGUUUGGCUUAUUAAGGUCCACGUUUUUCACCGAGCAUAGAGGAUGUGUGAUUUAAGCUUUUCAACGCAACAACCGCUAUGCGUGUACAGUCUAUUUUGGAUAAGCUUAGCAGGGGAGGGAGAAAUUAUUCUUUUUUUUUUUUUUUUUUUUUUUUAAAUGGCUGUCUUGUAUUUGGUCUGAAUCCACAUUGUAUAUUUCUAUACAAAUACCCUACAUUUAAAUAAUCUAUUGCCUUUCUGAAAUUGUUCAAGUGAACUCCCCUGGGUUACGGAUUACCCUAUUUUGAUUUGAUGUUUUUAUCCUCCCUGCCAUGUUCUUGCCCGAAAGUUACACUGACAAAUGUUAAUUUAGUCUUUUAUCGGAUGGGGAUUAAUCUAUAUUGUCUUACUAUGCAUCUUUUUAACGAAGCGAUUUAGAUGGGGUGGGGGGGUAUUUUUCAGCAAUUUAGGUCAUUUAAAGAGGUAGCUAAUGGAGCCUUUUAUUUCAGUUUGUUUUUAGCCAGUCUAAUUCCGUAGCGUUUCUCAGUGCUUACCAGUAUCGUCAUGCCGUUGUCAUGGUGUGACACGUUUUUUUUGUCUGUGUUGGUAUCGUUGUCGAAUUUUAUAGCACGGAAAUUGGGUAUAUCUUUUUUUUUUUUAUAUCAUACAAUCUUUCUUAGCCAAAUAAGAUUAACUUGUAUAUGGUAAAUACUCGAAAGAAAAAAAUAAUGGAAGCACAAAAGAACAUAUUGUUUCUGGGUGCUAGUUGCUUUCACUGUAAAAGCCACCUUACAUAAUAUAUCCUCAGUGGACCUAUCCAGGAGGCUUUUAAUAGGCCAGAUUGAUGGUUUAAAGAAUGCAUCUUCAUGAACUUCUCCCCCUGCCCCCUCUAAAGACCCCCACCUCUUGGCCGGGGGGGGGGGGGGGGUCAAC